ACAGAAAAAACAGAGGGUCCCCAUUUGUCAUUUGGAGGUCCAACAAUGGCGACUGCUCCCCAUUGCCAUGGCUCCCACCUUCUUCUUCUUCUUCUUCUUCUUCUUCUUCUUCUUCUCUCUUAGUACAAUUUCCGUGCUCUCUCCAUAAAUACCUAACCCUAUAAUCCCAAUCCCAAUCCCUUUCCAAAUCCCACCCCCAAAAAUUCCCCCAAAAAUGGCCAUUCCCAAACCCGCCACUCUCAAGCAAAUCGUCAAACGCUGCUCCAGUCUAGGCCGAAAACAAGACGCCACCGCCGCCGCCGCACCGGCCUACGACGGCGUUCCCAAGGGACAUUUCGCCGUCUAUGUCGGCGAAAAUCGGAGCCGAUAUGUCGUCCCGAUUUCGCUCUUGACUCACCCCGAUUUUCAGUGCCUCCUCCGUCUCGCCGAGGAGGAAUUUGGUUUCCACCACCAUAUGGGCCUCACUAUUCCUUGUGAAGAGGUGGUUUUCCGGUCACUCACCGCCGCCCUCAAAUGAACCCACCGGCCACCGCCGCUAAAUUGCACAAAUUCCUCCUCAUUUUUGUUUUUCUAUUUUAUUUGUGUUAUUAUUUUUUUCCCUUUUUUUUCUUGGGUUGAAUUCUUUUCUUCUUCUUCUUCUUCUUCUUCUUUUUUUUUUUUUUUACCCUUUUUCGAGGGUUUUUUUUUGGUGUCAUGAAUAUGAUGACCACUUUUGACUUGAUGAAACCAAGCUCCAAAAAAAGAAAACUAAAAAAAGUGUAGAAAUGGGGUUUGUGUAGUAUUGUAUAAAUAUUUAUUUAGUAGCAUGGGAGAUUUUCCUCAUAGUGGUGGAAUAUUGGUUUCUUCAUACACCCUAUGAGAGAUGUAUUCUAAAUUACCAAUCCAAAUGUGUUAAUUAAUUUAAUUC